GACUCGUUUUAUGAAGUUGGUAGCUUAUUCUAGGUUAUCUACGUGUGGCCGCAAGGUUGUAGUCCCCGGUAAUGAAUCGAACCAGUAACUGUUACGAGUAAAUUAAUCAGCACGUUGUGGUUGAACGAUGUGACGUGGUUUAUCAAAAUUGCAUGCGAUUGUUUUGUAAACCGUGUGUAACCGCACAAAGGUCUAACAGUCUAACGUUACGUUACCACGCUGGAGGUGGAUGUAGUUUUUCUGCGUUUUUGUCUGUCUUUUUUUAAAUCGCUCUGAGGAACUAUAGGACUGCUACUGAGUUACACGGUCCUUUAUGUUUCAAUAAACAUGGAGAGUCAAACCUUCUAGAAGAGCAAACAAGCUUCCUGUGAGGGAUCUUGGGCAGUGAAGAUGGUCUGAGAACCAGUUCUGUCUUUCUCACAUCUGCCUGCACCCCCACCCCCCUGGCCCGACCCCCGGGAGCGCGAGUGCUGCAUGCAGGGUGUCCAGCGUUCCAGGGCAUCAUGGUGGGCGGAGGGCGGCUGGGCAGGGCCCUGUCCUGGAGCCUUCUGCUGCCCUUCAGGACCAGGCAGGAGAGGGUGGUGCUGGCACGGAGCGAGAGCAUGCCUGGGGAGAGCGUCCUCAAGAUCACCAUCACAGAGACAACGGUUAUCGAGGCGGACUCGGGCGUGUGGAACUCCAGGUCCUUGACCUACCUGGGCCUCUGGUAUUUCUUCAGCUUCAGCACCCUGUUCCUCAACAAGUACAUUCUGACUCUGCUGCAGGGAGAGCCAAGCAUGCUGGGUGCUGUACAGAUGGUUUCCACCACUGCUAUUGGCUGCAUCAAGAUGUUUGUCCCGUGCUGUUUGUACCAACACAAAUCACGAGCUGAGUACCCACCCAACUUCCUCAUGAUCAUGCUCUUCGUAGGUCUGAUGAGGUUUACCACUGUCGUGCUUGGACUGGUAAGCUUAAAGAAUGUGGCUGUGUCAUUCGCUGAGACAGUGAAAAGUUCCGCGCCAAUCUUCACGGUCAUCAUGUCCAGACUAAUCCUGGGAGAAUACACAGGGCUCUGGGUAAACCUGUCUCUGUUCCCUGUGAUGGCUGGUCUUGCCCUCUGCACUGCCACAGAGAUCAGUUUCAACAUGCUGGGCUUCUCCGCCGCUCUCUCCACCAACAUCAUGGACUGUCUACAGAACGUGGUUUCCAAGAAGCUACUGAGUGGAGAGAAAUAUAAGUUCAGCCCACCUGAGUUGCAGUUCUACACCAGCGCUGCAGCUGUGAUCAUGCUAAUCCCUGCAUGGAUCUUUCUACUGGAUCUCCCUGUGAUUGGGAAAAGCGGGAAGAGCUUCCAUGUCACUCCGGAUAUCAUCAUGCUGCUGUUGAUUGACGGUGUUCUGUUCCACCUGCAGAGCAUCACAGCCUACGCCCUCAUGGGCCGCAUCUCACCCGUCACAUUCAGCGUGGCCAGCACGGUGAAACACGCUCUGUCUGUGUGGCUGAGCAUCAUUGUCUUCAGUAACCCUGUCACAGCUCUCUCCGCCGUGGGAACAGCUCUGGUGUUUGUUGGAGUGAUGCUCUACAACAAGGCCAAACAGAUACAGAGAGACACCUUACAGGCUCUCGCCCAAUCAGCCGACACAGACCACAAGCCCCUCCUACAGGAGGGAGACCUCAAAGCAGUAGACUGAACAAAGAGGCGGGAACUAAUCAGCCUACAUCACAUCCUGUCUGUCAUUGCGUUGUCAGGAACAACUAUGACCUUACACAAUGAACAUUUUACUGCAGCAUUCCAGAAAGGAAAAUGUUUAGUUUGGUAGAAUUAUG